AUGCAAAUAGUGAGAUUUAUAGUCUUUCUGGGUGCCGUUUUGCUUUGGGGCACAAUUUAUGCCGAAGACACGAAAACGUUUCCAGGCGCUGAAAUCAUCAUCCCGGCAAUUAUAGGUCAGGUUUUACCCGCCAUUAUUGGCGGGAUUAUUGGUGGUGGGGGAGGCGGUGGUGCACCGGGAGGUGGUGCAAGCCUUCCGGCAUUGCCGCCGGUGUCGGUCUCACACACGACUUCAGUGGCCACCUCGGUCGCAAAUAAGCCAAUAGCAGUGAGUCACAGCGGCUCGUUAUCGACCAGUUCCAACACCAAUGCCGGUUCACACGCGACAGCAGGACAGGGAUCGAUAGUUACAGCAGCAAGCUCCAGCGGGACGAAUCCACUCAACAGUCUCAGCGUGCAGUGGCGAAAGUUUUACAAAAAUCUUGGCCAAUUCUAG